GUCGUUCCCAAUCUCCCAAACCCUAAACCUUUUUCCCAUUACUGUGAUUCAAUCUCUUCUCAAACCCUAAACCAUGGCAAACCCUAAGGUCUUCUUCGACAUGACCGUCGGCGGCCAACCCGCUGGACGCAUCAUCUUCGAGCUUUACGCCGAUGUGACUCCCAGAACCGCCGAGAAUUUCCGUGCUCUCUGCACCGGCGAGAAAGGAGUCGGUCGCAGCGGCAAGCCACUCCACUUCAAGGGAUCCUCCUUCCACCGUGUGAUCCCCAACUUCAUGUGUCAGGGAGGUGACUUCACCGCCGGAAACGGCACCGGAGGAGAAUCGAUCUACGGUUCCAAGUUCGCUGACGAGAACUUCAUCAAGAAGCACACCGGUCCAGGAAUCUUAUCCAUGGCGAACGCUGGUCCUGGAACCAACGGAUCUCAGUUCUUCAUCUGCACUGCCAAGACCGAGUGGCUCGACGGGAAGCACGUCGUGUUCGGUCAGGUUGUUGAGGGAAUGAACGUUGUGAAGGAUAUCGAGAAGGUUGGAUCUGGCUCCGGCAAGACCUCGAAGCCUGUUGUGAUCGCCAAUUCUGGACAACUGUAGAUGUUGACCGUUGAGGCGUUUUCUAUCUGGUGGCUCUGAAUUUUAAUUUGAUCUGAAAUUCUAGUAGUGUCUUGUUAUUCGGUGUCGUUUUAUUUUUGUUGUGUUAGGGUUUGUGGUGGUGGUGCUAUUCUGUGGAUCGUAUUGAACCCCCUUUCCUUUUAAUUUUCUGUUACUGUUACUAUCCGUAUUGAACCCCCUUUCCUUUUAAUUUUCUGUUACUGUUACUAUCCGUAUGAAAUUAGUAGUUGAGUGAGUUGAGUCUUGUUAUGCUAAACAUAAAAAUGAUGAGCUACCUUCAAUAAACUAGGAUUUAUUCAUA